UUAUCUACAGAUUUGCAUCGAAGCGUUUUUUUAAUGUCCCAUUGAUGCCUUAUCGUGCACAAUUAUAGAUAUCACAAACAUAUGGUUGGGUAACUUCCACUUUGUUUACAAAUUGUGAUAAUACUAUCUUAGCUCACAUAAAUUUGAUUACAAUAGUGAAUCACAGACUGAAUAUUCAUAAAUAGGAUCCAGUAAAUAUAAUAAAAAUAGUAAUAGUAUUAAAUUAUUUUUGACGUUAAGUUUUACUACUACGUAAUCUUAUAUUUCUUAGAUAAAAAUUCCUUAUCGUUAUUUUUUAUAAUUACAAAUAAAUUAUCACUCUAUUAUAUUUUUUAUAGUUUAUUUAAUGGAUUUAAAUCCUAAUAAUCUAUUUGAACAAAAAAAAUUGGCAACACAUAACAAAUCACAACCAUCUAAUCUUUCUGUUAGUACUAUAAUUGCAAAAGUUGUUACUGUUUAUAAGGUAGAAAAUAACUCUUCCUUGUUUGUAGGCAAGUAUGGUUUUGCAUUAGCAGGUGAUAAGGAAUCUAAGCACUAUCAAAUUUUAUUAUAUGGAAAAAAUACAAUCCUUAUUAAUUAUUCUUUAAAUAAAGAUUUCGUUUAUAAUGUUUUUGAAAACAACUGUGUUGAAAUCAUAACUAUGACCCGUUGGAGAUUAGAAUUUGCUAACAUACAUGAUGCUGUAGAUUUUAAUUCAAAUAUUUCACUUAUUUUAUGGAAAUUAAAUAAUCCUAAAAUAAUGUUUUGGAUCGAUCUAUACUAUCCAAUUCGCAAUGGAGUUACAGCUAAAUUUGGAAGUGUUGUCGAAGUAACAUUUAGUGCAAAAAUAAUUCAAGGUAAAACUAUUGGACCUGAAGUAUCUAACAAUUACGAAGAUAAUAAAAAUCUAAAAGUCCUUAUACGAAAUGAAGGAUGGGAAAAGUCUUUAAUGGGUGUAAAUGUUGGCACCCAGAGAAUAAUAUACAUUCCAGCUGCAGAAAUGGGAGCUUGGAAAAUUUUAACUGAUGGACAUCAAAGUUUAUGUUUAAUUGUAAAUGUGAAAAAUGUUUAUGAAAUGGAAGAUGAUAAUGCACAAGUUUCAUUAAUUAUGAAUAAAGAAAUAAAAAUCAAGUUAAAUAACAGUUCUUCAGAUAAUGUACCAAAUCAAAAUGACCAAGUUGUAUUAAACAAUAUAAAUUCAUCAAAAAAGUUAUUGGUAGAAACAUUAUCCGAAGAAUUAGCGGAACUAAAAAAAGAACACUCUAAAACAAUUGAAAGAUUAGAAAAACUCGAAAUAUCAUUCAAUGAAUUUAAAUUAAAUAAAUCUAGUAGUAAAGAUAUAAUUGAUUUAGAUUUGAGAAAAUGUUUGAAGAAGGUAUAUAAAAGCUUAAUUAAAGAAUUUCCUACAGAUCAAAGUUUUACAGGAAAUCAAGUCCAAUUUACUAUCAGAGAAAUUUUUUAUAAUUACUUAAGUAGUCAAGAUUAAAUAAAUUUCAGAAUGCCAAAUUAUUGUAUACUUUAUUGUGAAAUUUUUAAAGUAUUUAUGAAUAAUUAAAUUUUUUUUAUAUAUUUU